AUGAAGCUCGACCUCCCCGAAGACGUCGAGGCGAACCCUGAGCUCUAUGGGCUUCGGCGGAGUGGGAGAGAACGCCGGCAGGCGGCUCCCAACACGCUGAUGACGUUUUCCGACGACGAUGACGACGCGGACGACGAUGAGUUGCCCACGCGUAAACGUCGGAAAAGAGUCGAGCUCGAUUACCUGGAGGAGGAGCUGUUCAAUGAAGAAUCAGAUGAAGAUGAUGGCAUGGCGGUCGACGAUGAGCCCGAGGAUCUGGAGAAUGACGACGACGAUUUUUAUGUGGGGAAAAAGCCGAAGCGGGCACGCGUCAAGCGGUCGACGCCGCGGGCUAAAUCUAAGCUGACAACUCCGGCUAUCCCAGCCGAGAUCCGGUUUCUGAGCCGUAACAAUAACAAACUGGUGCUGUACCUUGAUGAGUAUGAUGACGAAGAUUUGCAAGCCCUGGAGGAAGACGAAGUCACUUACACAUAUGAGUACCCCGAUGAGGACGAGCGCAAAAUAGAACAAGUCUUAGACCACAAGCCGCAUCCUGACCAUACCGAAGAAACUGGUGACCCUAAGGUUGACUACCUCUUCAAGAUUAAGUGGCUGGAUGCCCUGCAUUUACAUAACACUUGGGAGCAAUAUUCUACGUUGAAAGAAUAUAAAGGGUGGCGUCGUGUUGACAACUAUAUCAAGCAAUACAUCGUGCUUGAUCGGGAAAUCCGUGAAGACCCCAGCACUACCAAGGAAGAUCUCGAGACCAUGAACUUGGAGAGAGAACGGGUACGUGAUGAGCAGGAGGAAUACACUAAAGUCGAGCGCAUCGUUGACUCUAAGCGUGACGAACUGGGUCUCCAAUACUUGUGCAAAUGGAAACGUCUUUACUACGACGAAUGUCUGUGGGAGGACGCCGAGGAAAUUGCCAACUUGGCUCCCGAGGAAGUCGCUCAAUUCCAACUGAGGCUCCGGCUGAAAGUGUUGCCGGCUAACCUGAGCAAUUACGCGAAAGACCGGCCUCAAUUCGAGAAGCUUACCAAGCAACCACUGCAAAUCAAGAAUGGUGAACUCAAGGAUUUUCAACUCACUGGUCUCAACUGGAUGGCGUUCUUGUGGCUGCGUAAUGAAAAUGGGAUUUUAGCCGAUGAAAUGGGGUUGGGUAAGACCGUGCAAACAGUUGCGUUUUUGCUGUGGCUUAUUUAUCUUCGUCGUCAAUUCGGACCUCACCUUGUUGUGGUGCCAUUGUCAACUAUUAAUGCCUGGCAAGAAACUUUCGAGAAGUGGUCUCCUGACGUCAAUGUCAUUUACUACUUGGGUAACACCGAAGCUCGUCAAACGAUUCGUGACUACGAAUGGUACGUCAACGGUACCAAAAAGCCCAAGUUUAAUGUGUUGUUAACGACUUACGAGUACAUCUUGAAGGACAGAGCGGAGUUGGGUCUGAUAAAGUGGCAGUUUUUGGCAGUUGAUGAAGCUCAUCGGUUGAAGAACGCCGAACUGUCGUUGUAUGAGGCUUUGUCGCUGUUCAAGGUGGCUAAUCGCUUGCUCAUCACUGGUACGCCUUUGCAAAACAACAUCAAGGAAUUGGUGGCUCUUUGUGACUUCUUGAUGCCCGGGAAGAUUUUCGACCGCCAUAUGGCCGAAGAGAUCGAUUUUGAGACCACACCCAAUGAUGAGCAGGAACGUUUGAUCAAGGGGAUCCAAGACAAGAUCAAGCCUUUCAUCUUGAGACGUCUUAAGAAGGAUGUCGAAAAGCUGUUGCCGCUGAAGCUGGAAAAGAUUUUGCGUGUCGAGUUGCUGGAUGUUCAAACAGAAUACUACAAGAACAUCAUCACCAAGAACUAUGGUGCCCUUCUGGCUACCGGUCAGCUGCAGGUAUCGUUGCUUAACGUCAUGGCCGAACUCAAGAAAGCUCUGAACCACCCUUACUUAUUUGAUGGGGCCGAAAACCACGUGUUGACUCGACAAGGUAUCAACACUGCUCAAGUGUCACGGGAAAACGUUCUUAAAGGUUUGAUCAUGUCACUGGGGAAGAUGGUGUUACUCGAACAGUUGUUGACCCGACUCAAGAAGGAAGGCCACCGUGUACUUAUUUUCUCGCAGCUGGUGAGAAUGUUGGACAUUUUGGGUGAUUACUUGCAAAUCAAGGGUUACCACUUCCAGCGUCUCGAUGGGCUGAUUCCGCUGGCGCAACGGAGAAUCUCCAUUGACCACUUUAAUGCGCCUGACUCGAAGGACUUUGUAUUUUUGUUGUCGACACGUGCUGGUGGUUUAGGUAUCAAUUUGAUGACCGCUGACACCGUCAUUAUCUUUGAUUCCGACUGGAACCCCCAAGCUGAUUUGCAGGCAAUGGCUAGAGCUCACCGUAUUGGGCAAAAGAAGCACGUGAGUGUGUACCGUUUUGUUUCCAAGGACACCGUUGAAGAACAGAUUCUUGAACGGGCCCGCAAAAAGAUGAUUUUGGAGUACGCGAUUAUCUCUUUGGGUAUCCAAGAUCCUAAGCUCAAGACUGCGGCCGAUCCACUGACCGGUGAAUUGCUGAACAUUCUUAAGUUCGGUGCUAACACUAUGUUUAGCGACAAUUCCAACCAGAACAAGUUGGAGAAUUUGAAUUUGGAUGAUGUGCUUUCACGAGCCGAAGACCACGACACCACUCCCGAUAUUGCUGAAGCUGGUCGGAACCUUGGUUCGGAAGAGUUCCUCAAGCAAUUCGAAGUUACUGACUACAAGGCUGAUAUUGAUUGGGAUGAUAUCAUUCCUGCCGAAGAAUUGGCCAAGCUCAAGGAAGAUGAGAAGGCCAAGGCGGAUGAAAUUUACUUGAAGGAACAAAUUGCCAUGUACUCUAAACGACGGGCGGCCACCAAGGCUCCUUCAUUCGACACGGAUGACGACAUUGAGGAUACCAAACCCAAGCGUUCGCAAAAGGCUAUCAACCAUCAACUCACCGAGAAAGAUGUCAGAGCAAUCUACAAAGCCAUUUUACGUGUUGGCGAUCUCACAGGCAAGUGGGAGCUGCUCAUUGAGGAAGGUGCCAUUCCGGCGAAAAACCCCGUGCUCAUCAAACUGGCGUACCAAGAGCUCUGUGACAUGGCCCGUAAGCUUGUGCACGAGGAAAAAGUGCGGAGGGCAAAGGCAUUCGAGGAGUUGGCUCAACAACAACUGCUGGCAGAAAACCCUACUCUGCUCUGGCAGGCAAAGAAGAAGGAGAAGAAGGCGGUUUUGUUUGAGUUCCAAGGUGUCAAGAAUUUGAAUGCCGAAAUCAUCCUUAAUCGUCCCGGUGACAUGAAAGUGUUACUGCAAAUGGUUAAGAAAGCGGAAAAGCCUACCGAGUUUAGACUUCCUCGUGCUCCGAAGGGUGUGCAGGCUUGGCUGUGUGAAUGGGAUGCUACCGACGAUGCCAUGCUUCUUGCCGGGGUAUACAAAUGGGGUUAUGGCCAAUGGGCUCAGAUUCGGGAUGACCCCGUGUUGGGGCUUCAACGCAAGCUUUUCUUAGAAAACGAAACCUACGAAAAGGUGGAGAAGAACAAGGAAGGUGUUGAAGAAACCAAACAAGAAAGAAAGGUACCUCUGAGUGUGCACCUUAACAGGAGAGUUGAUUAUUUAUUCACGCUUUUGAAGGGAGACGACUCCGGGGCCCCGGCGACCAACGGAGCCCUGGCCAAGAAGCGGAAACGGGCGCCGGCGAAGUCGCUGUCACCCGCACCACCGCCGCCACCAUCAGCUCGCGAGAAGCCUACUAAGCCUAAGGCCAAGCCGGCCCUGGCAGCUAAGCCUAAGGCGCCGAAGGCCGCCGCUAAAAAGCAGGCCAGCGAAGACUUGGAGUACGAGCUGAUGGACGAAGCCGAAUGCAAGGCCACCCUCAAGCCGGUACUGAAGAGUUUGAUGAAAUUGCAUCGCGGCAAUGUCGGGUACGAUAAGGCCGAGUGGGCCAAGGUGUUGAAGGAAGAGCUCCUCAAGAUCGGACGAUUCAUCGAGGUCCACACCAAUAAGACGCCUGCCCCUGAACGGGAGAAGUUGCUUAACCAUCUUUGGAGUUACGCCGGCCUCUAUUGGCCAGCGCUGGUGCCAUCGAAAAAGAUCCACGACAUGUACGACCGGCUCAAAAUCGCCAAGGGCCAAUAA